CGCGUCGGUCGAUGUUGUGUCGCGUUGAAUAUCUUUGAAAAAUUGUUUUAUUUUCGCACAACUGAGCUUAAUUACGGCUUAUUUCGUAAGACGACCGCCAGAUAAUGGACUUCCAGAAUCGUGCCGGGGGCAAAACUGGCGGUGGUGGCCCUGCCUCCUGGUCGGAAAGCAACCGCGACCGACGAGAACGUCUCCGACAACUGGCUUUGGAGACCAUCGAUCUGAACAAGGAUCCCUACUUCAUGAAAAAUCAUCUUGGUUCGUACGAAUGUAAGCUCUGUCUGACGCUGCAUAACAAUGAAGGAAGCUAUUUGGCCCACACUCAGGGUAAGAAGCAUCAAGGAAAUCUCGCUCGUCGUGCAGCCAAAGAAGCGAAGGAAGCGCCCUCCAGUAUGCAACCGGAGAAACCCCGGAUCGAGCCGAAAAAAUUUGUCAAGAUUGGUCGUCCCGGUUACCGGGUGACGAAGCAACGUGACUCGGACAAUGGUCAGCAGUCGUUACUGUUCCAGAUUGAUUAUCCGGAAAUAACCGACGGCAUCAUUCCGCGCCACCGUUUCAUGUCGGCAUACGAACAGAAAAUUGAACCUCCAGACCGUAAGUGGCAGUAUCUGCUGUUUGCGGCGGAACCAUAUGAAACAAUUGCUUUCAAGGUUCCCUCCCGGGAGGUGGAGAAAACUGAAGGUAAAUUUUGGACCCAUUGGAACAAGGAUACGAAGCAGUUCUUCCUGCAAUUUUCGUUCAAGUUGGAACCGAAGAUUAUUCCGCCGCCUCCGCCAAACAUGCGCGUUCCACAUCCGGGACGACCAAUGUUCAACCCGGUUCCACCGCCCCCGAUGGGAAUGAUUCCUGUUCCUCCACAUAUGUGAGUUGUAAGUAUUCGAAUAAAUUGAUUUGGGAUUUUCUUUAUGUAGGAAAA